AUGCACCGAACGUACAGUAUGCGCCAGUCUCGCGCGCCCACGGCGUCGCAGAUUCAGAGCCCCCCACCUCCUUCGUCCUCGACCAAGAGCGGACGCUUCUUUGGCAAGGCCAAUAUUGGCCACACCUUCCGCCAUAAGUCUGCCGGUGCCUUCGGACCCGACCUAGCGAAAAAGCUGUCACAGCUUGUAAAGAUGGAGAAGAACGUCAUGCGUAGCAUGGAGCUGGUUUCUAGAGAGCGUAUGGAGGUCGCACAACAACUUUCCAUUUGGGGUGAGGCUUGCGACGACGACGUCUCUGAUGUCACUGACAAGCUCGGUGUCCUCAUUUACGAAAUUGGUGAGCUUGAGGACCAGUACGUUGACCGUUACGAUCAAUACCGUGUCACCAUCAAGAGCAUUCGCAAUAUUGAGGCUUCCGUCCAGCCCAGCCGUGACCGCAAGCAGAAGAUCACCGACCAGAUCGCUCAGUUGAAGUACAAGGAGCCCAACUCCCCCAAGAUUGUUGUCCUCGAACAGGAGCUCGUACGUGCUGAGGCCGAGUCUCUUGUCGCCGAAGCCCAGCUCUCCAACAUCACCCGUGAGAAGCUCAAGGCAGCUUUCACAUAUCAAUUCGAUGCCAUGCGCGAACACUGCGAGAAGCUCGCCAUCAUUGCCGGCUACGGAAAGCACCUUCUCGAGCUUGUUGAUGAUACACCGGUCACUCCCGGAGAGACCCGUCAAGCUUACGACGGCUACGAGGCUAGCAAGGCUAUCAUCCAAGACUGUGAGGAUGCUCUUACCAACUGGGUGUCCCAGAACGCCUCCCGCCGCCGCAACCAGAACCGCAACAUGGGUGAGGGUGUCGACCUCUCUGGCCAAGACCAGGCCCUCGAUAGGGAAUCUGGCCUGUGGAUCCCUGCCGCCGAGCACCAGGGCAACGGCUACGACGACCGUGAGGACCUUGAUGACGAUAUUAACUCCACCAUCGCUAGUGAGCACCAGCGCGGUCGUGAAGACGAGAGGGUCGUUGCUGCUUAG